AUAUAGGCCAUGUUGUAGCCCAUUCCACAACUGGGUGUCAUUUACCAAUUGUAACUCUUAAGAUUUAAAUUUUAUUUUUUAAUCAUUUUCAAACAAUCAAUCUAAGAAAAUGUGCAUUUAACUGUUACAAGAUUACUUUGCUGAGAAUGUUUGCAUUUUGCUCUUAAGUGACUAAUGGGACUGAAAGUAACAGGGUUGAGUUUUUGUUUUUGAAUUAGCAAUUUCUAAUGAUUUACUUAAAAUUAGAUGUGUUAAAAAAUUUACUUUCCAUCUAUAAUCUGGGUUAGUGGGUUGUACUUUUAAAGGGACCUCCUCAGCAAUUAUCACACUAUUACUGAAAAUAAACAAAAAAGAAAGGAAAACGUACUUUUCUUCUUCCCAUGAUCUUCAGGAAAUUCAGAUGAUGCAAUUUCCUGUUGAGUGACUUGUGACUUUUAUUCCAGAUGUUUCAUAGGGGUGAGUGUGUAUGAAACCGGUAACGGGAUUGUGUAAAAUGUACAUCUUUCAUAACCUAUAUUGGAUGACUCAUGGAAAAGGAUGCUUCAAGCAUGAGAUGUUAUAUGGAUUCACACAUUAAUGCACAAAGAAAGUUUUUUUUUUUUUUUAAUAUAUAUUUUGGGGUAAAAUAGGUGUAGUGGGCUGGCAUAGACAAAAUGCAGUUUUCUAAGUGAUGUAGACAGUUAUUAAAGUUGUAAGUUAUUUAUGGUAUCUGAAAAAAGCGCCUAGGUUGUUGUGAAGAACUCUCUACCUGUGCUUAAAUCAUCUUUUACCUUUACAUACUGCCUACAUAUGUAAAUGUGAUAUCAGUGGGAAACAGCCCUGCUGAAAAAAAAAAAAACCCUCAUAGAGUUUGUAAUGGUUUUAAUGGUUAUAAUGGGAAUUGUAUUGGUUUUAAUGGAAAUUGUAAUGGUCCCUGUGGGUCUCUACUGGUAAUUUGUUGCCUUUUAUUGGUAUAUAAUGCCAAUGGAUACCACUGACACGUCCUACUAUGUAAUGGAAACCAUUUGGUAAUAAUUUUAAUGGUUAACAGCUGAUGGUUUGUAAUGGUAUUUGUAGUGGAAACCAUUAUCAUUUCUGUGAUGGGUUUUUUUUUUCCCCAGCAGGGAAAAUGGCAUCCUAAUUGUGGACUCAUGUGAACAUGUAGAAAUGUAAAAUAGGGGCACAUUUAAACUUUUUGUAACCUGAAACUUAAGGGGUGUGUAAACUUUUGCAAUGCAGGACCAGUGCACCAUUGCUGCAAGUGUUUUUCAUUCUUGUGUGUUCAGUGUUGUGGCUUUCAGGCCUGAGGUGAUUGAUCUUUCUCUGGUACACAUGUAUACAGUGACAUGUGACUAGCACUUCGACGCCAUAUUUGAAUUCCAGUCAGUGGAUUUUGUAGAACUAAUGUAUCUCUAAUUCAAAUAAUUAUACAGUGUUUAACAGUAGACCUACUUAAUGCUGGCUUUCUCCUGCUACUCUAUAAAUAGUUGGAGGUGUCUGUGUUUCCCACUGCCCUGUCUGUCACUCACUGGAAGCGCAGACAAAAUGAAGCCUCGGUUUCUGUCCGCGCUGCAGCGCAACGACGCCGCCGAUGUGGACGAAAUCCUCCGCACCAGCAACAUGGACAUAGACACCGUGUUCGACGUGGAGGACAGAAGAAGAGUCCUGGCGUCUUAUAAACAAGGUUACUGGCUACCAGACUAUAAACUGGAGUCCUCCUGGGCAAUGGGCAUUCACAUAUGCAUGAUGCACAAUGCUGUGGAAAGUGCCUUGGUGCUUCUGCAGAGGGGAGCAGCAGUGAACAGGAAGCCCAAUGGGAAAACACCACUGCAUGUGGCUUGUGAAAUGUCUCAUGCUGACUGCGUGGGUCUGCUGCUCAACUGGGGGGCAAAGAUCAACAGUGUAUCCCUGAGUGGACACACCGCACUGCAUUACUGCAUGACGCAGGAGUCAGUGGACUGUGCCAGACAGCUGCUACUCAAAGGAGCAGACGUGAACAAGCCAAGCCAGAACAAUGACGAAGACACUCCACUACACAUAGCCGCACGCCUUGGUAUCUCUGAGCUGGUUGGCCUUUACGCUGCGCAUGGUGCUGAUGUGAAUAUGCUCAAUGCCCAUAUGGAGACCCCUUUGAUCACGGCUGCCUUCUGGGCUAUGGAUGCCCGUGAGCAGACUUACAGCGAGCAGCACCAUCUUGUGUGCCGCAUGCUGCUGGACUAUGGGGCCAACCCAAACCUCCAGGAAGAUGACAAAAAAACAGCACUGCAUAAAGCCUCAUGGAACUGCGACCAAGUGCUGAUGAAGAUUCUGCUUGAUGCUGGGGCUGAUCCCAAGAUCAUGGAUAUGAACGGUUGCGCAGCCCUUCAGUAUGUGCUAAGAAUGGUGAAGAUGCGGCCUUACUGUGUACCAUAUCGCUGCUUCCAGCUCCUGCUUAACUAUGGAGCAGCCAGAAUCUACCCAAAACAUUUCUACAAGGUGUUGGAGAUUUGCCAUGAUGACCCCAAGACAGUUGAGGUGAUGGCAAAUUCCUAUGAGCAUCUCAUGAGUACCCCAAAAUGGAGGGAAGCUAUUCCUGACACAACAUACAAGAGCCACGGGAAGUUUUAUGACUCGUUGUUUGCUGCCUGCGCCAGUCCGCGUUCUCUGCAACACCUGGCCAGAUGUGCCAUCCGUAUGGCGAUGGGCUGCUGCUGUGAAUCAGGCAUUAAACGACUCCCACUGCCUCCAUCAAUCAAACGAUACAUACUGCUCGAACCUGUGGGAAUCGUAUACUAGUGACUGUAUUGGCCCAAAGGUGAAUUUAGAAUGUGCCAAUCUCAAACUCUGUCCACAUUAAACCUUCUGGGAUAUAAGUGCUCUCAGGAAAAUGCUUGAGUUUGCACUGCAGCUUUGGUCAUAUCUACAGUAUUUUCAUUCUUUAAAAUACACUGCCAUUCAGAAGUUUUUCCAACACCCUAUAUUAACAUUCUGAGUUAAAUAACAAAUAACAAGGUCAAGUGAAUUACUCUAGUAUUAGAAAAUCUAAGCAGGAAAUAGGUAUAAAUGAACAGAAAAGUGUUUGAGAAACACGUUUAUUUUAUUGGGAAAAAAUGUAGAGCUAACUGGAAAAGACUAGAUUUAUCUGGAUCAUUCUAAUUAGGUACAUGAAGCACACACCAUAUAUUCUUACAGCUGAUAGCCUACUAACACUGACUAACAUUAACUGUAAGACAAAUCCAGGCUUACAAUAACUAACAGUCUUAAAGUAACGGCUUUACCAAACAAGUGCACUUGCCUUUAAUAGCACUCAUUUAGAAUCCCAUUAGAAUCUGAAAGUGGACGAUGAAGAAGUCCUUAAAUACAGAGAUUUAGGUAUUUCAUGGAUUGCUUAUUUACUUUUUUCCUCAUUUGAUUCUCAGUAGUGCGUAAACUGUAAUAAAACCUAAAAAACUUCCAAGUGUUCAAAAACUUUUAAUUGGCAGUGUAUUUAUUUCUAAGAACAUAUAUGUGAGCAGGUUUUAUGGUCUGGCCUUUUCUAAUAUUGAAAUGUUCACAAAUUGUUCAAGAUACUGUAAACCAUUAUUGUUAGAUUCACUUUGAAAUUAUUCCUUUGAAGGCAAUAUAUUUAUCAAUGAAAAAAAAAAAAAAACAAGUUUGAGAGCAUCAGUGAUAAAUAUGGCAUUUGUCUUAGCAAACUAAAAAAAAAUCUCAUUCUGCAUUCAUCUAAACAAACGGUUAUGAGCCAUAAGAUUUCAGUACAGAUUUCAGGGAGUUAAUAAUAUAAGAGAGUUUUGUUUAAAAUAAGAGGAUAAAUGUGAGGCAUGAUGUCAGCAGAGCUUUGUAGUUGGCAGCUGAAUGAAAAGAGGUAUUUAAGCCACUAAUCCUUUUGAACUCUUUCUCAAGCCGUUUCAGAGAAGUUAAAGAAUUGACAAGGAUGCGAUGUUGCUGUGUCAACUACAUUCAUAAAUUAACACAUCGUAAAGUAGCUACGUUGAAAUUUACAUCCACUAGUUUACAUUUGUAAACACCACUCAGGCUGUCACUGACCUCAGCAAGCCUUUAACAAAGGUUCUGAUCAACCAUUUACUCUGAGCUGAUCCUGUUAUAUGUAAACUUGUGUCACCUCCUGCUACUGUCUCUCACUACUCAGAGGUCAGAGUUCUGGGUGUGUUUGCGUGUGAGCUUAGAGGAACGUGUAAUCAAUCACCCACAGAGUGUCAUCUGGAAGUAAUGACUUUCCUCAGUGCACAUCCCGUUUCCAUUCAGAGCAGAAAAAGAAGCUCGUAACCAACCAUCAAGUUACAGACCCCUGCAUCAGACCAAAGAACAAAUUCCUAGUAGUAGCAUGAACUCCAUAUAUACUCAUCCGUGUGCAUGUUCUUGCUCUUACAUAAACAUUUAUUCAGAGAUGACGGCAUCUUUGAAAACAGCAGCUUGGUGUUACUAAGUGAAAGGUCAGGGAGUAAUCCAGAAACAUGUUCCUUAAAUAAGACUGUGUUGUGGCCACAUGAGCGUUUAUGACUGGUACGGCAGGAGAACCAAAGAAAGAGAGAACACAGUGUUCUAGGCACGUGGCUGAACUCCAGGACUACACACUGGCUCCAUGCCAGAAAGCCAGCUCUUCUUUUGUAACAGGCAUGGAGAAGAAGGAUAUGUGGAAGGAUGACACAGCAAAAAGUUCUAGAACCAACAUUUAACACUGGAACCAUUAAUAUCAAUAGUAAAAAACUGGCAAGUAGUACACAAAGAUUUCAGAGAAGCUGCCGUGCUUUGCUUAAGUAUUAACCCUCUUGAACAUUUCCACAUUUUGUAGUGUUAUCACCUGGAAAUGGGCAUAAUUGGGAUUAUGACAUGAAUCUACACAAAAUAGCCCAUAAAACUGAAGUGAGGGAAAAGUCUUAGUUUUAAAAGUUAUAGUUUUAAAAUUAUUCACAAAUAAACAAAAGGAAAAGUUUUGGAAGUAUUCACCCCCAUUGCUAUGAAACUCAUAAAUAAUGUCUGGUGCCACCAGUUGCUAUAAGAUGUCACAUGGUUGUCACAUGUCAUCUGUUGUCAUAUGAUCUCAAUAUAAAUACACCUGUUCCUGGAAGGCACCAGAGUUUGUUAGAGAACAAACUCUAAUCAAACAGCAUCAUGAAGACUAAGGAACUAUCAAUACAAGAUUACAAUACAAUCAGAUUAGAAGAGGGCAUACCCACUUAAACAAAAAUAUGGAGACACUCAUCAACACCUCCCACUAGUCAUUAUCAUGGGCUCUGUAGCGCAACAUAUUUGCAAAUGAGUUACAAUACAAACUCCACAACACAACAAGGAUACAUCAGCUGACAAUUAUUCGUUUGGUUUCCAACAAAUCAGAGAACAAAUAAUAAUUUUAAAAAAGCUUAAAGUCCAUCAGUCCUGAAUACUUUUUCCUCUUAAUAAUAAAAUAUAUUCUCUUAAAUAUAUUUUUAUAAUAAUGCAAUAAUUAAAAAAUGUUUUUUAUAAAAUGAAAAUUAUAGAAAAAAAAAACUAACAAACAAACAAACAAACAAACAAAAAAAAAAAAAAAAAAAAAAAAAAGGCCUGAAGGAGAUGGAGAACUAAUUUAGGGGUUUCACAGCAACAGCACUGAAUACUCAUGCAAUCAUUUUUAUUUGUAAAUUUUGUAUAUUGAUUCUCCCUUCAGUGCAGUAUUAUUGUCAGUUUUGUUUAGAUUCAUGACGUAUAAUCCAAAUUAUGUUCAUUUCUGUUUCAAGGUGUAACACAAAAAUUCUGGAAAAGUUCCAGAGGAAGAUGAAUACUUGCAAGUCACUGUAUGUCAAAUCACAUAGAUACAAAUACGUGUGUGGAGUACACGUGUAUAAUUACUGACUGUAACCCAUCUGUUGCUGUCCACAAUGUUUCAGUGCCCCUUUGCCCUGUACAUCUAAAAGAGACCCCUAUAAGAUCACCACAGAGCAGAUACUAUUUGGGUGGUGGAUUACUCUCAGCACAGCAGUGAUAUGGUAGCGUGUGUUGUGCUGGUAUGAGUGUAUCACGCACUAGAGUGUUAUUGGGCUUUUUAAACAUUGGGUGCAUGUAUUGCCCAUUUUAUCAUACAUAUCUACCUUGCUGUGUGUGCACUUAGAGACUAUUGCUGAUUUAUUUCCAUCCACAUUGCUUUUUAUUUGUGUCUGUCAUCCUCUAGCCUUCGCCAGUAGCAUCCAGUGAAACAGGAUGCUUAAUCAGCCUUCAUCAGCUGUGCAGGCAAAGUAUAAAGCAGAAGCUGCAGGAGGUAAAACUAGGGUUAAAGCCCAUGGAUUGAAUGUCAUGCUUUGACUACAACUAUUACAUCAUCAAGCAUUUCAACCAUUGAUUUCACCUCCUACAGCUAAUCCAUUUCAAUUUAAUGCAUAUGCAUUCUUUGGACAAGUUUUAACACACAAAAUAAUAUAUCACAAUAGUAUUCUCAUCUUUUAUUGUAUGAUUUAAUAUAUUCAGUGGAAAAAAUGCUACCUAACUCAAUGAAGUCAAAAAGCACUGCAUGUGCAAAUGUGGUUGAGUGGUUUACAAAACAGGAAGUAAUCCUGUAGAUGAUUUGCUAUGACAGUUACGGUUCCUGCCCCAUAUCACGGUCACAUGGCUAUAAAUAGAGUUGGUGAGGUAAAAGUAAUGACACACUGUAGUAUGCAAAAAGAAAUCAACAUCUGAUGCUCUUUUGUACUCUGUACAAAAAGAAAAACAUGUAGCUCGACAAAUCAGCUGAGCAGUGGCACGUCAACACAAAGCCAAGCAACAAAAUGUUUCCCACUAACAUGACCAAGUAAUUACAGCAUUUGAACUGGCUUGAAAAAAGCAGCUGUUGCCUCUGCAUUUGCCUUGAAAUGACUAGUGUCCCACAGUAUAUGGUAUAAUCCUUUUUAAGAUAAACAUACACAUCACUCUUGGAAUUCAAAGAAAUACAAAGUAUGGCAUACUUUUCUUUAUCCUGAGAUCAUGCAAUUAAAACAACAAAUGUUAUUUAUGAUUGAAAAGCAUACGAAAGAGUAUACAAUAUUGGUACUUCAGUGUUACAGUGUUAAAAUUCACAAGUUUAGUAGAAAGGACAUAGAAAAUUAUCAUUAGGUUAAAGAAAGGAAUCAGUUUUCAACAUCUGGUAAAUUGAAAUGUUAAGGUAUAUACAGAAUUUGGCCACAGUGACUGUACAUUGCAAUGUAUCAGCCACUACAUUUAAAGACACAUACUGUAUGUUUUUGCACGUUUUCACUGCAAACUGCAGCAAUAUACUGAACAUAUUAGGCCAGGCCCCUAUACUGCAUGUUUCUGCUCUGUGACUUGAUUAACACUGCUCAUUUUUUCACCAUUAGGACAUUAGAAAAAUAAAGAAAACCUUUUUUCAAGGUGCUGGUAAAACACAAACAAUGCCCAUAUACUGUUAUUCUGACUUGUUCUGUUCUUACUACUUUGCAUACAUAUACAGCAUUCAUCAUGCCUUCUCAAACGACACUGUAUGCUACUCAUGGCAGUUAUAUACGUCACAUUCACAGCAAGGCUACGUUCACAUUACAAACUUUAUUGCUCAAUUCCAAUUUUCUCAGAUCUGAUCUCUCUGCCUCAACGAUUUACAUUCGUGUUUGAAAGUGAUGCAUACCUUUCAUUAGCAUGAACAGACCUCGGCCCUCAAACUAGACGCAUCUGCACAUUUUCAAAAUCCUGUACAUCAUAGAAAAAUGCACAUUUGUGAAACAAUAUACCAGUGCAGUAGUGAUGAAAUAAAUAAACUAACAACACAAGCCUUCAUUGCAAAAAAGAAUUGUUCUGAAGGUUUGCCAAAGGCUGGUCAGCUUGUUCAUGAUCAGGUUAAAAAAAUCUAAUAAAAGGCCAGAAAGAUGAACCAGCAGCGUUAUGUGCAGUAAAGUGUGAUGUAAAAAAAGACAAUUAGGGUCAUAUGAAUGUGUAUCAGAAAUGUACCUAUGACUGAUCUAUGAAGAAUUUUUCUAUUCACACAGAAGAACAAAUUAUGCUACAAUCUAUUGUCCUUGGAACUCAGAAAAACCCAUUCAACUCGGGAAAGGCGAGAACUCGGGCAACAUGCACCUUGACACAUGUGAUGUCACAACAUUUUAUGAGCAAACAUGAACAAGACUGAUCUAUGUUAUAUGUCAUUUCUCAUUGCUAAUUGUGUAAAAAUAAUUCAUGUACAUCUUCUUAAUAUAUUUAUCAAAUUUAAAGACUGGCUAUAUGAAUAUGACCUUGCUGUGGACAUCCAUGUUUUUCCAAGACGAAGCACUGGAACGCAUUUAGAUCGAAUUUGUUUCUUUGGACUGAAGUUGCUUUUGUUUGCAUAUUCAUAUUGGUUGUUAUAGUAACAGUGCAUACA